CAAUGGCAUGGGCGUGAAUUAUACACCAUUUGUUAUAUAAAAUCCAUUGUAUGCCCAGAAACUAAUAAUGGACCGCAGUUCCAAAUCUCUGAUGGAAUCAAUAAUAUCGCCGAUUGAGGUGGUGGAAGAGUGUCAAAUCGCCCCAUGCUGUGACUCACCUGAGUCAGCCACCAAGUUUUCCCUCCCUCUCACAUUCUUCGACAUCAUAUGGCUCAAGUUUAACCCGAGUGAGCGCGUCUACUUCUACCAACCCACUGAGUCAUCAUCAUCCCCCGAGUUCUUUUACCGCGUCAUUCUUCCAAAACUCAAGCAGUCCCUUUCUGUCACUCUUUGCCACUUCCUCCCUCUCGCGGGCCGCCUCACGUGGCCCUCGCAUGCCUCCAAACCAUCCAUCCACUACGUGCCAAACGACACCGUUUCUCUAACGGUGGCCGAAUCUGAUGCCGACUUCAACCGCUUAUCAAGCAACGAUAUCCGAGACACCAUCGAGUCGCGUCCGUACGUACCCGAAUUGCAGAUAGCGGACUCAACAUCGCCGGUGAUAGCUUUGCAAAUAACACUGUUCCCCGAUUCAGGGUAUUCGAUUGGGUACUCGACUCACCAUGCGACUCUUGAUGGGAGAAGCAUUACGCUGUUUAUGAAAGCUUGGGCUCACAUAUGCCGAGAACCCGAAUCCGAUUUGCCUCAAGAAUUGACACCAUCGUUUGAUCGGACGGUGGUGAAGGACCCGGAAGGGCUCGACAUGGUGUAUUCAAACCAUUGGAUUGAGAUUUCAAAAACGCUGGCUCCGGACACAGAUCCAAGGAGCGUCAAGCCGUUUCCAGGCGAGUCCAUCACAAAAUCAAAAUUAUUUCGAGCCACGUUUGUAUUGACCGGCGAAGAUAUAAAGAGAUUGAGGGAUUGGGUAUUGUCGAUUGAAACCAUUGUUGAUCAGCUUCGUUUAUCUAGCUUUGUGCUCACAUAUGCAUACACACUGGUUUGCAUUGUAGAAUCAAUGGGAGAAGAGAAGGUCAGUUGGGUUCACUUCAUAUUUGCAUCUGAUUGUAGGACCCGAUUGGAUUCCCAUUCGAUCCCAAAAAAUUAUUUCGGGAAUUGUAUUUAUGGAUAUGAUGGGUUUGUAGAUGCAAAAGCUUUGAUGGAUAAGAAUGGAGUAAUUUUAAUGGCCAAAAAGAUUAGUGAGUUGGUGAAGGAAGCGAACUGUUGUGGUCUGGAAGGAGCAAAGGAGGCGCUUGAGAAAUGGACCUCAGGGAAGCCUAAAACACUCACUAUUGGGAUUGCCGGUUCGCCCCGGUUUGAGCUUUAUGAGGUGGAUUUCGGUUGGGGGAGGCCUAAGAAGGUGGAGGUUAUAUCGAUAGACAAGAAUCGAGGUAUUGCCAUGGAGAGAAGCAGAGAUGGAGAUGGAGGAAUUGAGGUUGGGGUGGUGUUGGAGAAGCAUGAGAUGGAGGUUUUUGCUUCUCUGUUUGUUAAUGGACUCAAAGAGCUUCACUAUUGACUUAGGUUAAAAUAACUAUCUACGUGCUAUCUUUGCAUGCAUUGUAAUUACCAUAAGAGUAGUGUUUAGUUUUUCUCAGAAGAUGUAACUCUUAGUAUGGUUUUUAUGUAUUUUGUAUGUUGGAAUAAUUCUAUAAGGUGGAAAAAGGCUAUACAAGAGAGAUCACGAUUCACUAUGGAGAAGAAAUUAAUUACAAUGAGUGAAACUCGCGCCUUA